CCGCCUCGUCCCGCGGGCGUCGUGGGCGCCCUGCACGCCCCCGGACCUCGGAUUCCGUGUCAAAAGCCGCGUGUGAUUUGGCCUGCGUGCCCAGGCCGUCGGAAGCCCCCCCCGGACGCCGCCAGGAGGGGGGCCCAGCGGGCGAGCGAUCGCGCGGACGAAGCGAGAGAGAAAGUCCCGAGCCGCGGCACCCGCGCCCGCAGUCAAGAUGGCUGCGUGUCUCCAGCAGGACGGGGACGCCAGCGAUUCCGACAGGCCCGGCCUCUCCUCACACCCAGAGCCCUCGCGACAGGCAGCCGGCGGGCCCCACGGAGCGGCGCCGGCCUCCAGCGCCCGGCAGGCGGACAUCAAGCUGCAGGGAGACAAGGCAUAUGAUGAAGUAGCAAAAUACAAUGAAGAUGACCUAAGAAAUUUUCUGGAGGAGGUCACCAACGCAGGCAAAAGCAAGCACGGCCUGGCAUUGGCGUUGCUGCGCAAGGAAGAAGAUGCCUUGAGAGAGGAAUCGAGCUCAGGGGAUGACACAGGCCAUCCAGCUCUGCGUCGUCGGAGUAAAAAGUUACUCAUUGGCCGAAGGGAACAAUCAGGUGGGGAUCAACAGUCUGCGGCCGCAUGCACCAGCACCGGGGGCUCUCUCGGGUCACUGCACGACCUCUCCGAGACCAAGCCUAAGAAGGUUGUCGGGCAAAGCCAAGGUGUUGCCUCGCGCUGCAGGGAAGGUGGUUCCUGUGGAAAUCUCUCGCGUGGCUCCUUCGAGACACAGCCGCCGAGGAAGAGAAAGGGACGCCGGUACCGCGACGCCGCCCGAGCGAGCACCAGCCAGCGAGAGGGAGGAUCGUUACAGAAUCUGAGCAAGACAGAAGCCGCGUCGAACGAGUCAAAGAAGCUCCACAAAUCUGGCAGCCUAAGUCAAGUCUGCUCAGAGGUCGCAAGUGGCGCGCGCAGCAAGAAUCGGCGUCAGAAGACUGCAAGUGAAAGCUCGAGUUCCAGGUACUCUCGGCGCUCAGAGGAACGAGAGGGCGAGGGUAGCUCAGGCGAUGAAGGUGCUGUGGACGUCCCUUAUAGACGGUUAGAGCAGUCUCCCCAUUCCACACUCUCCACUCACUCCGCUGAGCACACAUUCCCCCCCGAGGGUGUUGGUGGGGCCAAGGGAGGACACGCACCUGACUGCAACCAUGACAUAGAAUAUUCCAUGUCGAAUCUUCGUCUACAUGUUUUCCCCCCAACCUCACAGGACGUGGACUCUCAGGGGGAGACCACAGAGGAAGAGGUCGACGGCAAAGACGAGCCGUGCCGGAGUCUAGGGGGCCUUAGCCGCGCACGGCACUGUUCAGAGGCACCCAUUGAGGAGGAUGGGAUUGAGCUGCAGAGCAUCUCGUGCCAGAAGGCUGACUCGGACAAUCCACACACAGAAGUAGAUCGGACCAUCAAGUUCAACCUUGGGAGACCACAGGAGGACACCAUGCCCAGCAGUUGCGGUCGGCGCACACUAUCCCUUCAGGAUUCUCCGUGUGUCAGUUCAGUUUUCAAAGAGGAAAAGACUUCUAGCAAAAGUUCCGAGGAAGAAGGCAUAGGAAAGAGAAAGCUGCUAGGUGGACGAAGUGACAGCAGUGGAAGUGAGAACAAAGCCUCAUUAGACGAGAACAGUAACCCCAUGAUCACGGGUGGCGCCCCCUCGCUCCUCACGUCGGCCGCCGGGACCGACCGUUCGAGCAGCACCUUCCUCAUGUCAACCCAUACUACCUCGCGCAGGAAUGGCAUCAGUGGAACCCACAAGCAAGUUACCAAGUUCGAACAGCUCAAGACCAAGAAGGAGAAGAAGAAGGCCAGCAGGGAGAAGGACAUCGUGAACAUCAUAGAAACGCCAGGCUUCCGCGGCGAUCAGGAUGUCAACGACCUCCUCAAGUUCAUCAUCGGGAGCGACGAGGACACCCCCAACAGCAAGAACAAGAAGAAACACAAGGGCAAGGGCCAGGAGAGCCGCGACGAGAAGGAAGGGUCCAAGAAGAGCAAGGGCAAGAGCAGCCGUGCCAGCGAGGACAGCUGGAGCGAGAAGUGGCGGGAGGACGAGGGCUCCUCCGCCAAGACCAACGACGACAGCGGCAUCGGGGGUGAGGUGGCGUCCAGGGAGAACAACCGGAGGAGCAAGGAGCGCGAGGACGAGAAGAAGACGGCCAACAACAAAAGGAACAAGAACCAGGACGCCAAGAAGGGCAAGAAGGGCAGCAGCAGCCUGAGGGAGUCGAGCAGCGUGGAGGAUCUGGUGUCCAAGAGUAAACAGAGUGAUAACGUCCGCGACAUACGCAAGCAAGUGACUAUUGAUGACGGGGAUAUGUCCCUCAGUGUGUUACAUACAUAUCAGAAUAAUAAGAAAGUAGAUAAAUUUAACCAUUUUAUAGCGAAUGGAAAAUAUAUCAGAGAGUCGAGCAUGAUGGACAUUGCCAAUGACAAUGAGUUCGACGCUGACCAAAGGCCUUCCGACUUUGUGACCGAUUUCUAUAGUGUAGGAGACUCGUUCCUCGGGGAGGACCUUUCUCGCACCCCCUCGUCUCCGUCAGGGGGUGACUUUGAGGUGGUGAGCAAGAAAAGGAGCAAAAGGGCCAAGAACAAUCCCCAGAAUGCGGGCCAGGGUGCUCGGAACGCCGGCUCGGAAAGGUGGAGCGGCAGCACCAACAGUGGGGGACACGUCGAUGACAGUUUCCGUGCCUCGCGGUUCGGCCAGAACAAGCCAAACCACAGGGGCAACGGAAGUCACGAAAGGCCACACAUUAACUUUGUCGAGGGACCACGCACAGUUCACGAAAACAUGUUCCUGGCCCAGUGGUCCCAGUUGGGGGUGGGAGCCGGGGAACGUUAUGCAGCUACAACCACAAGUGCCCCCCAUAGUGAGGAUUCCGAAUCUGAUGGUGAUGACUCCGUACACUCAAUGCCAGUUCCUUCGAUCACUCCCAGACCCGACGUCCGCAAGCCUCCACCCUCGUCAGAUUCGACUCCCCAGGCUUCUUAUGCAAAUAUCGCCAAGCUUGCUGCUUCAGCCAAUCGUACACAGAUGAAGCGAGUGGGCACUGUAGGGGCUCAGUCUGGGACGGCAAUAGUGAAAGAAGUGGAUGGUGAAGUUAGUGGUAUUAAUGUUGUAGAACAUUCAACAUCAAGACCUCAAGUAGCGUGUGAAUCUCGUCCCUCAAAUAUAUUAGACGAUAAUUUCCCUUCCUUAGCCGAAAGUUUAGGUGGUUCUGCUCCAAUUAGUGCAAUAUCAACAUUUAAGCAAGGUGAAUCACGGACCAACCACUUAAGCGAGAGUGUAGUGAUUCCUGUUAAUAAUGCAUCAACUUCGUCAGUCAGUGAUUUAGCAAAAGAAAGACCUGGUGUCACGGAAGCCAGCUCGAGCCCUAGAGAAAGUGGGGAGUCUGUUGUAGUGUCAACCGCUAGUCUUAGUGGACAAGUAACAGGUGAUAAGAAACAAAUUAAGUGUAUUGGUGAAAAUGUCCAAUUAAAUACACAAUCUGUGCAACAGCAUUCUCAUACUCAGCAGAGCCAUCAUCCUCACACACAGCAGCAUCAGUUGCAUAGUCAACUAAACCAACAUGCUAAAACUCAUUACUAUAUGCAGCCCCAGCACCUUGUCCAACACCCACCCAUUUCACCCCAGCCGCCACAACAACCCCGACAGACGCCCCUCCAGCACCCAAACCAGAGUCAGAUCUACCCCCAGCCCAAUCAUCCCCAGCAGACAACUCAUCAGAAACCAUGCAGUCAGUUGCAAACCAAUUCACUCCAACCCCUCGCCAAAACAUCCCCAUCGCCAUCUCAGAUCUCCCCAAGUAUGCCUCAGCCCCAGCAGUCCCAACUUGCCAAACCAGUCCCUACCCAACAACAACAGAAUCCGCAGCAGCCGCAGGUGCUGUUGCCGCACACAAAGACCUCACAGAGCCCGCUUCCCCAGCCGUCUCCGCAGCCCCAGCCAAGUCCCCAGCCCCAGCCAAGCAUACAUACUCAGAGCUCACAUCCACAGCAGGUCUUAUCAACUCAGCAUAACUCGGUCUCUCAGCAGAAUCUGCAUCGUCCUCAGAGUUCCCACGCCCUGCCGGGAACGUAUCCCGCUCCAAGUUCUUUAGCCUCCCAGAACACCAAUGCUAAUAGUGUGGCUGUGCGAGAAACUAGUGAAGAGAAGCAAAUAGUCAGUGGCAAAUCUCAAGGCAAACAGACCAAGAACGGGUCAGUGGGGCCCACUGUUCAGUCGGGUGAUACUAGUCGUUUCAAGAAAAUCGAACCUGCAGUUGUGUUUACUGACAAUGCCAAAUUCAACCACAGUGUUAGUGGACUAGAGUUUGGCUUCGGAUUCGAUGAGUCCAUAGUAACAACAAGUGAUAAUAAUGGAAGUGGGAAUGAAAGUGUAGUGUUAGAUAAUGAAGACAAUAAGUGUAAUAAUAACAAUAAUAACAUAUUAAAGAACAAUCAUACAGUGACGAAAGACUUCAGUAAGUGCUUCAAGGCUCCCAAGAACGACAAGAUAAGCUACAACUACGAGGAACUCAUUAGACAUGUAUCCAAAGCCUGGGAGGUGACGUUACGACUGAUGGAGGAGGACCCCAAGAACAUCCAGUACUGGAGAGCGGCCAGCGCGGAGGAAUCCUAAUCGCCAGUCGGCAGGAGACGUGUGCCUUGGAGAGGGAAAACUGCCAGGGCCUGGAGAGGUCCUUCUGCAACGGGAAGAGGCCUUUUCAGUCAGGACAAUGGUCUGAUGCCUUCAACAUGACCUUUGUUGCCUAUGCUAUAGCCCCAAGCGAACUCUGCAGACCGGACCAGUGGAAGGGCGUUGCCAGUGCGCACGUGUUCCAGUCAUGAAUCUUGGAAGGCGCUUGGGGGAAGGACAGUGGGUUCCCCUGGCUUGUUGUUUGUGGCAUUGGUUAUGUACAUGCAUAUGUAGGUGUAUGUGUACAUAUAUAUACACACACACACACACACACACACACACACACACACACACACACACACACACACACACACACACACACAUACACACA